AUGGUGGCUGUUACAAGGGAAGAAGCGCUCGGAUGUGCAAAAGACUAUCGAUGGAUGAACCUGGCAUCAUUUGCUUACGACUGGCUUGUUCGGAAUGGCUACAUCAACUUCGGCUGCGUGGAGGCACCAUUGUCCCCAGUGAAGCCCAAGCGCGGAAGACGAAAGGAGGGACCGACAAUUGUUGUAAUUGGAGCUGGAAUGUCUGGCUUGGGAUGUGCACGCCAGCUGCAAAGUCUUUUCCGCCAAUAUCGGAAUGAAAAUGCAUUACCUCGGGUCAUUGUCCUCGAGGGACGUCGCAGAGUUGGCGGCCGCAUUUACUCACAUCCCUUGCACAGUCUCGAAUCCAAAACUUUGCCUGAGGGGCUUGUUCCCAAGGCAGAGAUGGGCGCGCAAAUCAUUGUUGGUUUCGAUCACGGCAAUCCCCUGGACGCGAUCGUUCGUGGCCAGCUGGCUCUUCACUACCACAAGAUACGAGAUGUUUCGACAAUAUAUGAUACCGACGGAUCACCCGUGGAUGAAGUCCAAGAUGCAAUGGCAGAGAAACUUUACAAUGAUGUACUGGAACGGACUGGAGUCUACCGCCGCAAGGCAGUGAUCGUGCCAACUGCCGAGGGCGAUCGAGACAUGAUUGAUACUGGUCGCGAGUCGGUAGUGGACGACGGACUCACUGUUCGACAAUGGGAAGAAGCAAGGGCAGCUGGAACGACUGAUCUCCUGGUACCUACCAAGCGAGUCCGUCGCGGGUUAAAACACAAGACUGCGGAUAUCAGACCAGCCACCGACGCAGCGGCUGAUCUUGUGGAGCAUUCUGACGAGAAUCCAGCGGCUUUGACUUGUCAGCUUACCGGGUGGAACUUGAACCCUGGUUACACUGUGAACGAUACAAUAGAGCUGGACGAGAUUGCCAAGCAGAAGCCUCAGCAGACAUUGGGUGCAGUUAUGGAUGAGGGUGUCAAGCAGUACGAGCGCAUGCUUCCAGUGACACCUAAGGAUAUGCGCUUGAUGAACUGGCAUUUCGCUAAUCUCGAGUACGCCAAUGCAUGCAAUGUCAAUAAGCUCAGUCUUUCAAGUUGGGACCAAGAUAUCGGAAAUGAGUUUGAGGGUGAACAUUCACAGGUUGUUGGUGGUUACCAAGAACUACCCUAUGGAUUGUACAUGCUUCCUGAAAAACUCGAUGUCCGUACCAAGAAGAUUGUCACCAACAUCUCCUACAAUGAACAUGGGUCCGGCAGCAACAAAAAGGCGGUCAUUCAGUGUGAGGAUGGCGAGAACUUCAUGGCAGAUCACGUUGUAUUUUCAGGCUCCCUCGGAGUGCUGAAACGGCAAAAUAUCAGCUUCCAACCUCCACUUCCAGACUGGAAGCGCGGUGCAAUCGACAGACUGGGAUUCGGAGUCAUGAACAAGGUGAUCUUGGUGUUUGAGGAGCCGUUCUGGGACACGAAGCGAGACAUGUUCGGCCUUCUCCGUGAACCAACCAACCCCGCUAGCAUGGUCCAAGAAGACUAUGCGGCAAACCGAGGCCGCUUCUACAUGUUCUGGAAUGUCAUGAAGACCACUGGUCUUCCAGUCUUGAUCGCUCUCAUGACCGGUGACGCAGCUCACCAGGCAGAGUCCACACCAGACGAAGAAAUAAUCAGCGAGGUUACUGGCCAACUUCGAAACGUCUUUACGCACACCGUUGUGCCCGAUCCCCUCGAGACAAUUGUCACCCGCUGGGGCCAAGAUCCCUUCACAUACGGCAGUUAUUCAUACGUAGCUGCAGCCGCCUUCCCAGACGACUACGACUUAAUGGCCAAAUCAAUCGGCAACCUCCACUUCGCCGGAGAAGCCACCUGCGGCACGCACCCAGCCACCGUCCACGGAGCCUACCUAUCAGGAAUCCGCGCUGCCUCAGAAAUCGUCGAGUCAGUAGUAGGACCAAUCGAAAUGGCGCACCCACUGGUCCCAGACAAGAACGACAAAACCAAGUUCACGCGCAGCAAAUCUUCAUCACCAAAUGGUACAACGACCAGAAAAAGAAAAGGAAGCUCAUCAAUCUCCUCCUCAACCGAAACACCCACCACCGCAACAACAAUCCAACCCAAGCCCUCAACUUCAUCCUCCAGAAAACCAAUCUCAACGGAAAAAUCCCGCAAAGACGCUUACGACCAGGCCCUCUGGAUAAACAUCUACUCAGAACUAGGGCCCGCCCCUCCGCGCCCCACAAAAUCAGGCCUGAACCCCUUCCUCUUCUAUCAAAAGGACUACUGGACCCAAUGUCGCGACGCAUGCGACCAAGCCCGGCGUACAUCAUCCAACAACCCAAAUGCAAAGGCUCCCCGUGACGAGAUCCGCGCUGCGCUGGGCCAGAUGUGGCGGACUGCCAGUCCGGAUAUUAAACAGCCGUAUCUGGAUAAGGUGGAGGGAAAUCGGCGUGACAAUGCUGAGGCGUGGGAGAGUUGGAAGAUUACCGUUGCUGAAUGGGAGCGUAGGACUUUUGAGGUUAAGGAUCGGUGGUGUGCGCUGAAUCCGUUUGAUACUUGGGUUAUGCCUAAGGAUUUAAGUGAGGGGGGUGGGAUGUCUGUUCCUGUUCUUGCACCUGCUUUUCCGAUUGAUUCUGGUGCCAGUGGUAGUGCUGGUGGACGUUAG